AUGGUGCGGAGGAGAUCGGUUUCUAAGCAAGAUUCCCAAGCCGCCUCCUUCACCACGCCCUUGGGGUUCGGGGGAGGCAGUGAUGGGAGCCCCGAAGCCGGCUCACAACAAAAGAAAGCAGUGCUGGCGUCCCCACGUGCGCGCCCCUGCAACCGCCGGCCGCGGGGACAAUUCCACCCCGAGCCCUGGCCGAGGUCCCGGAGAGCUGGGGGGCUGGCGGGCCCGAACGAGAUGCGGUUUGACAGAAGCAGGCCGCGCGUCCUGCAAGCCUCCACGCCUCUCCCCCAGCCCUGGCUCCCUCCUCGGCUCCACGCGCCGGGCAGCUCCGGGCCGCGGAAAAUCGCUGCGAGCCAGGCCCUGCAGAAUCACGGGGCCAGGCUCGAGAGCCGCCUUGUGCGCCUCCCCGAGCCGCCUCGGCCGGCGGGCUCCCUCCCCGGCCUCCCGGGCCAUCGGCGUAACGGUUACCUCUCUCGGUGA